UAGCUUGCGAGCUCCAACUAAAAAUCAGUAGCUGUGCAUUUAAUUCUGGUCCUACCUUGCAAGGCUGUAGGUAGUAUUCAGCAUCCUUGCAAUCAGUUUGUUUUCAGAGACGGGUGUUGUUGGUUUUUUGUUUUUCCUUUUUUUUAAAACACUCCUUUGGUCCAUCCCCUUCAUAAACCCUCGCAGAGAAUCAGUGGCUGUGUGGAGAAGCAAAUAAUAAAAGUGCAGUGGCUGAAUCCCAGAGAAUGGAUGGUGUCAGCAGCAACAGGACCAUGUCCUACAGUAGAUGGAGUUAUGACAGUGUUUUAGAUGAUGAGGGCAGCAGUCUGCGUCAACAAAAGCUUGAUAGACAGCGAGCAUUGUUAGAACAGAAGCAGAAAAAAAAGCGCCAGGAGCCACUAAUGGUUCAGUCCAAUGUGGACAGCCGUACUAGAACACGCAGAACGAAACAUUCAGAGGAACAAGCGCCGUUGGUUGAAUCCUAUCUUAACAGCAACAGCAGCACCAUUUACCAUGUUCAGGAGGCCGAGCAGGAAGAUGUAAAGGUGGUAGCAGAUGCUCAAGCUCCAAAAUCGACUAAAAAAACCAAGGCAGCAGCUGCAAGCUGUCAAACUGGCAGCACCAGAAAGGAGAAAAAGGGGAAACACAAAGGAAUUGAUGGCCCGGCUGCUUUUCAAGAUGAGGUUAAGGAGAUAGGAAGCCAAAUUCAGAUUCUUACGGUUGGACAAUCUAACCACGAUGAGGGUGAUGGAGAGAUGACGGCUAGUGGCCAGCAACAAAGCAAGCAGGACCUUAGAGCAACAAUGCAGAAAAAGGGUAUUUCCAGCAGCAUGAAUUUUGACGAAGAAGAAGAUGAAGAGGAUGAAGACAGUUCAAGUUCCUCCCAGUUAAACAGUAACACCCGGCCUGGUUCUGCAACAAGCAAAAAAUCGAACAAGGAAGCAGCCUCAGCACCCAGCCCUUCCACAAAUGAAGCUGUCAUAGAUGUUGAUGAUCUGGAAGAAUUUGCUGUCAGACCCGCUCCACAGGGCGUCACAGUCAAAUGCCGAAUCACAAGAGACAAGAAGGGAAUGGAUCGAGGAAUGUACCCCACUUAUUACCUCCACUUGGAAAGGGAGGACGGUAAAAAGGUAUUUCUAUUAGCUGGAAGGAAACGAAAGAAGAGCAAAACCUCUAAUUACCUCAUCUCCAUAGACCCAACUGACCUGUCUCGUGGUGGAGAGAGUUUCAUUGGAAAGCUAAGAUCAAAUCUUAUGGGAACUAAGUUUACAGUAUAUGACAGUGGUGUAAAUCCAAUGAAAACAACAUCAAGCCUAGAAGCAAGUAACCUGCGUCAGGAGCUAGCUGCUAUUUGUUAUGAAACAAAUGUCUUGGGCUUCAAAGGACCUCGCAAAAUGAGUGUGAUCAUACCAGGCAUGAAUAUGGACCAUGAAAGAGUUUCUAUCAGGCCACGAAACGAACAUGAAACGCUUCUCGCAAGAUGGCAGAACAAAAAUACAGAGAGCGUCAUUGAACUGCACAACAAGACUCCAGUCUGGAACGAUGACACCCAGUCUUACGUUUUAAAUUUCCACGGUCGAGUCACACAGGCCUCAGUGAAAAACUUCCAAAUUAUUCACGAUAAUGAUCCUGACUAUAUAGUCAUGCAGUUUGGCCGUGUGGCUGAGGAUGUAUUCACCAUGGACUACAACUAUCCAAUGUGUGCACUACAAGCAUUUGCCAUUGCUCUCUCCAGCUUUGACAGCAAACUGGCUUGUGAAUAAACAAGAGUGGUAAAGUAUUCACACAGCUGAAGCAGUAUGCCACAAAGGGAAAACAGGAUUCCAACUACUUGCUGGUGACAUUUGGGGUUCAUGCUAAACAGGCCAGGGAAAAGUACAUUUUUGGAAGGACCAUGGGAUUGUUGUGGAGAAAAAUUAUGUGAAUCUUUUAAAAAUUCAGGACAUUCAGGAAAUAUUGGGUUUUUUUCUGUUUAUAUAUUUUUCUGGAAGUGGCAUCAAGUUUCUGUAAAUAGAAGUCCAUUCUAACAUUCUCAGUUAUGUUAUGGAGAUGUGCCAUGAUGUACUGUACCUUGGCUCAUGUAGCACCAUUAGAAGUGGUGUGUCUUUUUCUAAAUCCAGAAAGCUAUCUUAAAAAAAGAAAAAAAAAUCAUUUUUACAUUUAAGAAGCAUUUGGAGGCUGUAAUCAUACCUCAAGAUUAAUUUAAUCCAUGGAAUACUUUGAGCUUCACAUCACCCAGCAUAGAAGAAAGAUCACCAAAAAAGAUGCACUUUUUGAAUUUGCAAGGAUCUCAUGUAGUACAAAGCCAAGGCUGAGAGUAGAAAGCCUGUACUGGACUGAACUUGAUUUGUUACUAUUUAUGUAAAGGGGCACGGUGAAUUUUAAUUACAGUAGGGGAAAAAAGAGAAGUAGAAAGCACAAAAUAAUGUUGCACAAGUCACUUGAAUUUUAAGGAAUCAUUUCAUGUUUUAACAUCUUCAUGCUAUUAAUUUCUGUCUCAAAUAUAAAUGUAUUGGAAUGACAGAAAAUGAGUAUAAGCCUGAAUACCAGCAGAACACAACUUUAAACUCAAUUUGGCAUGUUGGAAACUAUAUUCUUGUAUCACUGUAGCAGUUCAGAUGCAUAUUUUGUGUCAAGUGAUAUACAUAGUUGGAUAAAGGUCUCUUCCCAGAGAUGCAUCAUUUUAAACCAGUUGUUCAUUUGGCAGAGGAAGCAAGUGCAAAUAUUAUAUUAAAUCUGUUUGGCCUUUUGUGAUUUUAAAUUUUGCUGGUUGAGUUUUGUCAAACGUUCAGUGACAACCAAUCUCCAUAUUUAUUUCCCUUUGUAAGAAUGCUUGAAACCUAUUGAAACUGUAUGUCACUUUAUAAUGUCAAAGUGCCAGCUACUGAGCAACAUGCUUCUAGGCAGAUAUUGUGUACGUUAUGUACAAAAUAGAUGCACGCAGGGUAUUCAACUAGCUUAAAACAGCAUUUUCUUCUGUUUCACCUUUUCUAAUGGGUCUGGAAUAUAUAAGCAAAUUUUGUUCCAAAACAUAAGCUCUGUGCACACGAUUUUCUGGUAUUUUAAACAUUUCAAAUUUCAUCCAGGCAGAGACUUUAACUGUGAGCAAUGCAUAAACCCCCUUAAGAAUAAUGGAGAUUGAGUCUCUCCCAUCCUUUGUGCCAUUCAAAAAAUAGUACCCCAAACUGACACAUAACUAAUAGGAUUUAUAUACAGUUCAUCAAAAGAACGUUAAAAAUGUGAAUAACAUGUAAAAGGAACAGCCACAUUUUAUACUAUGCUUAUCACAAUCCCUUUUCCUAUCCUGUAUAGCAUCUCUACAUUGCACAACCAAAGAUUAUAUAAUGAGAAAAUGUGAUCAGAUCUGCUUGUCUCACAGCCUGCAGUCCUUUUAUAACUUCAAGAGACAGGCCGGGAAGACAGGUUGUGCCAUUUGGACGGUAUGAUUUCAAUUAAUAAACGAAAUAUGUUUGAUUCUGUGCAUUUGCCUCCAGGUCUCCAAAAGUGGGAGCAAAAAAAUUUCAGCAGACAAAUGUACUUGCUGUGGGAUUAUUAUAUCUUGAUAUUCAGCUUUGUUUGAAAGCCUCAGCUUUGUUUUUUUGGGAGGUAGGGGAGGGAAAGGGAUGAAAAAAAAUAUAUCAGCAACCCUUUUUAAAUGUCAGUGAAGUUAAUGGAAAAAAGCCUCCUGGUUUUUACAGCUGUUUGCUUGAUGGGUCCAACUAUCAGAUACUUUGUUUAAAUGGCAGUUUUCCCUUUAUCUUUGUUUUUUUGGCCAACCCCCCCCGUUUCUUAUUAUAGUGUAAAAUAAGAAACUAUUUCCUAAUUUAAGAGGAAUGUACUGUCCAUUCCUACAGUGGAUGAUAACGAGCCAUUUCUUGCAGUUUUCAUUAUUCAGCACUUUGCUCAUGUAAGACUACAGCAAAUGGGUGCCUUAUUCUCUGCAUUUGUCAGUGAGUUCUAUACCACCUGCCUCUCUCUCAGCCGCUGUCCAUUAUGUGACUCUGAAUUUUAACAAAUAAAUGGCGUUUAUGUCUGA